AUGGCGAUGAUGAUGACUGGCCGUGUGCUGCUGGUGUGUGCCCUCUGCGUGCUGUGGUGCGGUGCCGGCGAUGUUUAUGCGGGGGACCUCGACAAGAGGGCACUGGGUGGCUGCAUGGCGUCGGGAGUGUUGGGUAUGAAUGCAUCGUAUGUGCCGAACGGAUGUAAUGAAUACAUGCCGACGCCGCCUUUGCGGUCAGCAUUGCCUAUCCCUGCCAUACAAGCCGAAGAUGGGCAGGUAAGGGAUACUGCUCCAGGAUCUGGUUCUGGAGUUGGAGAAGGCGGAGGUUCUCCUGGUGCUCUUUCUCCUGCUGGUGCGGCAGCUUCUGGUUCUGCUCCUGCUCCUGUUGCUCCUGUUGCUCCUGCCGGUCCUGUUGCUGAUCCUACUGCUGAUCCUCCUGGUGGUUCUGCUGCUACGGGCCCUGCUGCUGCUCCUGGUUCUCCUGUUUCUGUUCCUGGUCCUGUUGCUGGUCCUGGUGGUAAUGCUGGUUCUUCUCCUGGAGUUCAUGCUCCACCUCACAUUGAUGACACGGUGAUCACAAGCAGUGAUUUAUCCUCUACGCGUGAGGGAUCCAGAGAAGAGGCGCUGCAACAAAAAGAAACAGAGAGUCACGACCCCUCAUCAUCCAAAGGAUUGACACAGGAGGCACUCCCCGAUGUACAGCAGCCAGAAACGUCUACUUCAGAAAAUAGUAAAACGGGUUGCGGAGAGGAUGUGUCGGAUUGCGAAGGUCAAGAAAAGUUGGGAAAGACAAAGAUGGAAAAACAGGUCUUGGAGGCAUCCAAAACACAAAAACCUCCGCCGGCUCAACAUAAAGAAUCAAAAGACAAUGAGGAGAACUCAACGGAAGCAUCAAGUACGGAAUCUCAGAAUACGGAACCCCAACAGGAAAUAAAAACGCCAGUGGAUGAGAGUGACAGUACGAGCACCGAUGCAUCCACAGCGGUUGCCGCACGGAGUACAUCAGCCGGCAGUCAAGAAGAAGCAACUGCGUCAUCUUCCAAUGGCAGUCAUUCUCCACUUCAGGGGGAAGUAUUCACUGGAACGGACACUCCCGAGAAUGCUCCAUCUCCGGCUGCCGCAGAAACAGAAAAACGCCAAGGAGAAAAUGUGACGACACCCGGCGACAGCGACGGCAGCCCCGCGGCUUCCCACACCACCUCCCCUCUUUUGCUUGUUGUUGUUGCGUGUGCGGCAGCAGCUGCUGCUGUGGUGGCCGCGUGA